AUGACUUUUGAUAAGAAAUACGAUCUAUUAAUCCAGAUCCAAAAUUCAAUAAACAACAAUACAAAAGAGACCACAGAUGAAUUAUUAAAACAAUUAAAGAUCAAAUCAAGAGAUGAAUUAUUUUUAUCAAAAUUCCCAGCUUCAAAAUUGGAUGAAUUGAUUAUCAUAUUUACGAAAUUAAACACACAACAUGAACAAUUAAUAGUCAUUUCCACAAUAUGUAAUGUCUUGCUAGUCAAUGAUGACCUAAGAAUGAAUGAACCAAGUGAAAUCCUAACUAAAUCAGUUCCUAAAUUGGAAUUUUUAUUGGAUUAUGUGAGUGAACGAGAUAUUAAUUCAGAGUCUCAAUAUAAUGAUUUUUUGCCAAUUUUCAGAUUAUAUUAUCUAUUAUCAUACAAUCCAAAGUUGUUGCCAUUGUUGAAAGAGUCUGUGUACAAAAUUUCAGGGAAAUUAUUAAAUUUCAUUACACUAAGUACAAGUGAUUCAAAAAGUUUAAACAAGAUCAUAAUUGAAAUUUUAAAAAUCAUUUAUUCAUUUGUUCAUCAAGGUGAAGAUAGUUCAGGUUUGGAUAGUGUAUUUGUGUUGAGUUGUAAUAAAUUCAAUUUGAUUUAUUCAAAAUUGAAUCAAACUAGUGAUCAUACUGAUUAUGAUGAAAUUUUACAACAUUUUGGAAAUAUUUUGAUAACUAUUUCCAUUGAAGUUUCCAAGCAUUAUAUGUUGAAUAAGAAGCAAUUUGCCAUAAAUGAAAUCAAUUAUUUGAAUGGAUUAUCAAGAAAUGACCAAUUUGGUUUAAAUACACCAACAUCAAAUUUAUUAACAUUGGAUGUUUUAUUGACUAUUGAUACUGAUGAUACGGAAGUGAAACAAAUACUCAAAGAACAAUUAAAUCUAGAGCAUUUAGAAACGUUGGGUUCAGAAGAUAUGAAUUUAACAGCUGUUGUUGCUGAAAUUAGAAAAAAAAUUGAUGAACAAUCUUUUGAUUUCUCCAAUGUUCAAAAACAACACCAAGAGGAUCAAAUUAGACAAGAUAAAGAGAAACAAGAGGAUAGAUUUGAAGAUUUAUCAAAUGAAGAAAAAGAGGAAGAAUUGAAUAAAAUUGCAGAAAUUUUCGACAGGAUCGAAAAAAAUGGAAUGUUGAAAGUUCAAACAAGAUGA